UUACAAGUAAACAUGGUCCCUGCACUUAAUGAUUAUAACAUCAUGAUCAAAAUUUUACAAAGGUCCCUUUAUUUUAUGAUUAUAACAAUAAUAUAGAAGACAUAACCCCUUUAUUUUAUGAUUAUAACAUCAACUGUAAACAUGGUUCCGCUAUUUCAUGAUUAUAACAUUAUUUAAAUCGCCUUCAUGACAUUAGGAUUCUGCAGAAUGCAUCUUAACUCAGAUCGCUUUGUUUUGUCGCUUAUGGUGAUAAUCUUCUUUAAAUAAUUUGGGUUAAGAGUAUACACGCUUUCUGAAUAAAUUACUUUUAUUGAUUAAUUAAGAGUUCAGAACUUGGCGAAAAGAUCAGUUUACCCGUGCAUGGGGAAGAUAACAACAAACAGUGAUCAAUCUCAUACCCGUGCAUGUAAUCUGUUGAUUUGAAGUAUGGUAUAUGAUACUUUAAAACAAACUUACAAAGUAAAUACGUUGAAUUGUUUUGAUUUAGCCCCUUCCAUAACUGAAUACUAGUAUGUUAUUUUUCUUUCUGCAUGGUAUGCAUGUUGAUUUUUUUUUCUUAUCUUAUUAUUUAUUAUUUCUUUUUUCUUAUUAUAUUAUCAUAAUAUAAUAUGUUGAUUUUGUUUGGUUUUCUGUAUAGUACAAUAUACUGGUGUUUUGGUUUCCCUACACGAUACAGGGUGCUGAUUUUCUCUUUUUCACAGAAUGAGGUGGCCCGCGGUGCCUGGUCUAACAAGGUGGAGUUCUUCCUGUCCUGUGUGGGGUAUGCCGUAGGCCUCGGUAAUGUCUGGAGGUUUCCCUACCUCUGCUACAGGAAUGGUGGAGGUGCCUUCCUUAUUCCCUAUAUCAUCUCACUCGCCUUGGUGGGACUUCCUGCUUUUUUCAUGGAACUGGCCUUCGGACAAUUCGCCUCCCUUGGCCCAAUAACGAUAUGGAGAGCGUGUCCCUUGUUUAAAGGGAUUGGUUUUGCCUCCAUUAUUAUUUCUGCCUUGGUGGCCAUCAGUUAUAACGUGGUCAUUGCGUAUGCUAUGUACUUCCUGCUUGUGUCCCUCGUCAACAUGGACAGUAACGUUCCCUGGGCCACAUGUGGCAAUAAGUGGAACACCAUGUACUGCAGGACAGAGACCCUCAAGGUCACUUCAAAUAUGAACGAAUCCGAGAAAAUCAACAUCACCCUGGGAACAAUGAAUAAGACUUGUGUCGAGAAAGAGCUGACCAGCUGGGGGAUGGAAUGGGACGACCUUACAUACAACAUCACUUCUACCAACCUGACGGCCUGCAGUUUCACGGAUAAAAUCCGAACACCGAGUGACGAAUACUUCAGUAAUUUUGUCCUCGGUUUGGACCAGGCAGAUGGGAUCGGUGGGAUCGGAGACUUAAGUCCCAAGCUUGUGGCUGUUCUGCUGUUUGCAUGGCUCGUUAUUUUCUUCUCGUUGAAGAAAGGUGUAAAAUCUUCGGGAAAGGUGAUCUACUUCACGGCAACUUUUCCUUACAUAGUCCUGAUCAUUCUUCUUGUCCGGGGGGUGACAUUAGAGGGGUACCAAAAGGGACUGGAGUUUUACUUGAUUCCAAAGUUUGACAAGUUAACAGAUCCCAGGGUGUGGACCGAUGCCGCCUCUCAGAUUUUUUACUCGCUUGGCCCAGCCUUCGGAAGUCUAAUCACUAUGUCUAGUUACAACCCAUUCAACAACAACUGCUAUCGCGACUCCAUUCUGGUAGCAAUCAUUAACUGUGGGACUAGUGUUUUUGCCGGUCUCGCCAUUUUCUCUGUCCUUGGGUUCAUGUCGGAGGUCACCAACAGACCGGUUCAGGAAGUGGCGGCUGAUGGGCCCGGUCUGGUAUUCAUCGCGUACCCUGAGGCCAUAGCCAGGAUGCCCUACCCGCCCAUCUGGGCCUUCCUCUUCUUCUUCAUGUUGAUACUGUUAGGACUCUCCAGUAUGUUUGCCAUGGUGGAAGCCAUAAUCUCGGCCCUAGCAGACGAAUAUCCCAGAUAUCUCCGCAAACACAAAAGCAUCCUCACAUUCGUCGUCUGUCUCGUUCUAUUCGUCGCAGGACUAGCUCUAGUUACACAGGGUGGAAUCUACGUUUUGACUUUGAUGGACGCUUAUUCCGGAAGUUAUUCCCUGUUGUUCGUCUGUUUUUGUGAACUAAUCGCCAUAUCAUGGGUUUAUGGUUGGCGCAGGUUUUCAGAAGACAUUGAGUUGAUGCUGGGUUUCAAGCCUAAUUAUUACUGGAUCGGAACUUGGACUGUCCUUGCUCCAGUUUUUAUAGUGGCCAUCUUGAUAGCGAGUGCAGUUCGAUUCUCCCCUUCACAUUACGAGGAUCAUACGUUUGAACAGUGGGCCCAGAACUGUGGAUGGGGACUGGUAGCCCUGCCCCUCUUCUUCCUGUUCGCCACGGCAGCAAUACAGCUUAUCCGAUAUCGGGGUUUUAAAAAUGCAACAAGACCCGAACAUAACUGGGGCCCCGCACUGGAGGAAAACAAAACCGGGAAAUACGGUCACGAUAAUAUGGUCUUCGAGGCCGAGGGCGAAAAAGACGGUAUAAAAAUGGAGACCGGGAUAGAAGUGAAGAAAAAUGGCGUCAGUCACGACUCCAUUACAGUCCACUUCUAAAAGCAACAAGUUUAUAUUUAUUGAACAACAAUAACUGUGAAGAAUAAGAUAAUGCAUAUGGAAUUGUUUUCGUAAUAACAUUUAUUAUGAAAAUUUCAUUUAUUGUGUUGCGAAAACUUUAAAAUAUGUGUAUGUUGUCAUUGUUACAUUUGUUAUAAUGAUAUUAAAUAUUCUCAAAAAUGUUA